AUGAUUACAAACCCGUCGGUAAAUGGUCGUUUCGGUACCUGGCUGGGAGAGUCGAUCUGGCCGCGUGGCAAUCUGACGGCCGUCAUCCUGGGCGGGGGCGAGACAGACAGCCGGCGCCUGUUCCCUCUGACGCAGUUCCGCACCCUCCCAGCGAUUCCGUUUGGUGGAUCGUACAGAAUCAUCGACCUGCUCAUGUCCAACCUCAUCAACAGCGGGGUCAACAAAAUCCACAUCCUCACAGCUUAUAACAGCUACUCGCUCAACCGCCACCUUCAGCGGACGUACGACAUGUCCGGUGGCGUGCAGUACGGGGGUGACGGCUACAUCGAGGUAGUGGCGAACUCCAUGUCGCCCGAUAGCCAGCAGUGGGUGACUGGCACUGCGGGUAUCGUACGGCAUUUCAUGUCGUAUUUCGACUCCAACAUGAAGAACCGUUUCAUCCAAGAUAUCAUGGUCUUGCCGGGCGAUCAUGUGUAUUCCACUGAUUUGACGCCCAUCAUCUCCUACCACCACUCCACGGGGGCUGACCUGACUAUCGUGUGUCGACCUGUCAGCGGCGAGCAGGCCUCCCGAUUGGGAGUCGUCAAGCUGGAUUCAGAUAACCGAAUCCGUACAUUCAGGGAGAAACCCGAUCCGGACCAGCUCAGCGAACUAGCCAUGUCGGACGAUGAAAUGCGACCCUUCCUCUCAGCGACAGUCCAACAGCAAAUGCACCAGCUGCACUCCCGCAGGCACAGCCGCCGGGACGCGGGUCUGGGGUUUGGCGGCCAUUCCCCGGGGCCGGGGUCCUCCCUGGAUUCGGGGUCAGCGGCGGCUUCGUUUGAUGAGGGAGACGGGGUGGGCGCGGCUCGGGCGCUGUGGGCUGCUAGGGGCCAUGCGCGAGUCGGCGGCGGCGCGGGCGGGCGAGUGGUUCUGGACACGAUGACCUCCGGAGAUGACGUGGAGCUGAGUCAGCGAGCCCCCGGGUUUGUGGGAUCCACGGGGAUCUACAUCUUCAGGCGUGGGGUACUGUCCAAGGCUCUGGAGCGGCACUAUAAGGCCCAGGACUUCGGGCGCCAGAUUAUUCCCGAGCUUAUACGGGAGGGCCUACGGGUGCAAGCCUACCGCCUUCCCGGCUACUGGGCCGAUGUGGGCGGCAGUGUGGGGGACUUCUACCAGGCCAACCUGGCGCUGCUGGAGGACCCCCCCUCCAUCGACCUCAAUAGGCCCACGGAGGCUCCCCUCUUCAAAUUUCCCCUGACCAUCCCCGCCAGUCAGUUGCGCGGUACCCGGAUCUCCCGGUGCAUUGUGAGCGCGGGUUGCAUCCUGCAUGAAGCCAACCUUAGAAACAGCGUCAUCGGGCCCAGGAGCAUCGUCGGUUCCCGGGUAACCGUCACGGACAGCGUCAUCAUGGGCGCUGACCACUACGAGCACGAGAAGCCGCAGCAGCGGCCGCUGUCCCCCACCUACCCCCCCAUGGGGAUUGGGGAAGGCAGUGUCGUACAGCGUGCCAUCGUGGAUCUCAACUGCCGUGUGGGUCGCAAUGUGGCGCUGGUCAACAAGGAGGGCGUGUACGAAUCCUUCGACAGGGCCGUACAAGGCAUGUACGUACGGGACGGCAUUACCGUGAUUACCCGGGAGGCGGUCAUACCGGAUGGCACGGUGCUGUGA